CCUUUUUCGUUUGCCACUUUGCGGAGCUUCAUGCUUCCUCAGCCAAACUCUUCUAUUUGUUUCACUCUGACUGAAUUUGGCAUCAACAUAGUGGGGCCCAGUAAUGCAGAGCCACCACCUCGACCUCCUAGUCCAGCCAUGUACCAGCUGGAUAUCAUCCUAAAGAAAGGGAACAACCUUGCCAUCCGAGACAGAACAGGAACCAGUGACCCAUAUGUAAAGUUUAAGAUUGCAGGGAAAGAGGUGUUUAGGAGCAAGACCAUUCAUAAGAACCUCAACCCGGUGUGGGACGAGAGAGUCAGCCUUCUGGUGGAAUCCCUGAGGGACCCGCUGUAUGUGAAGGUUUUUGACUAUGACUUUGGACUUCAGGAUGAUUUCAUGGGCUCGGCAUACCUCCAUCUGGAGUCACUGGAGCAUCAGAGGACCCUGGAUGUUACACUGGACCUAAAGGACCCUCAGUACCCUGAACACAACCUGGGCACCCUGGACCUUGCUGUCACGCUGUCACCAAAGGAGGACAUAAGGGAUGCUACCAUGCUUUUGAGAAGGAACUGGAAACGAUCUAGUAAGUAUCAGAGUAUGCGUCUGUCAGAUGUGCACAGAAAAGCCCAGCUGUGGCGAGGGAUAGUCAGCAUCAGUCUGAUAGAAGGUCGUAACCUCCAGCCAAUGGACAACAAUGGCCUCAGCGACCCUUACGCCAAAUUCAGGAUGGGCCACCAGAAGUACAAGAGCAAGACUAUUCCCAAAACGCUGAACCCGCAGUGGAGAGAGCAGUUUGACUUCCACCUGUAUGAAGAGCAGGGGGGCUACGUGGACAUCACAGUCUGGGACAAAGACGCUGGCAAGAAGGACGACUUCAUGGGAAGAUGUACCAUCGACCUGUCGCUUCUCAGUAAAGAACACACACACAAGCUGGACCUGCCUCUGGAGGAAGGUGAAGGUGUGCUGGUGCUGCUUGUUACACUCACCGCAUCGGCAGCUGUUUCCAUCUCUGACCUGUCAGUCAACAUGCUGGAUGACCCGCAUGAGAGACACCAGAUCAUGCAGAGAUAUAACGUGUGGAGAUCAUUCCACAACUUGAAAGAUGUCGGCGUGGUGCAGGUGAAAGUUAUCAGGGCUGAGGGACUGAUGGCAGCAGAUGUCACAGGUAAGAGUGAUCCGUUCUGUGUAGUGGAGCUGAGCAACGAUCGGCUACAGACGCACACUGUGUACAAAAACCUCAACCCAGAGUGGAACAAGGUCUUCACUUUUAACGUCAAGGACAUCCACUCGGUACUCGAGGUCACUGUUUACGACGAGGACCGAGACAGAAGUGCAGACUUCCUGGGAAAAGUGGCCAUCCCUUUACUAAAUAUCCAAAAUGGAGAACGCAAAGCCUACGCCUUGAAAAGCAAGGAGCUGACAGGGCCAACAAAAGGGGUCAUCUUUCUCGAAAUAGACGUGAUUUUUAAUGCUGUGAAGGCUGGUCUCAGGACGUUGAUUCCCAUUGAGCAGAAGUAUAUUGAGGAGGAGCCUAGAGUGUCCAAACAGCUGCUGUUACGCAAUUUCAACAGAGUUAGGCGCUGCAUCAUGUUCCUGAUCAACACAGGCUGCUACAUCAACAGCUGCUUCGAAUGGGAAUCUCCCCAGAGGAGCAUCUGUGCUUUUGUGCUUUUUGUCCUUGUCGUUUGGAACUUUGAACUCUAUAUGAUUCCUCUGGCUUUGCUGCUGCCUUUGGCCUGGAACUACUUCCUCAUCGCGUCGGGGAAGGAUACCAGGCAAGAUGUGCAAGCAGUGGAGGACCUGCUGGAGGACGAGGAUGAGGACUUUGACAAAGAUGACAAGGACCGUAAACCAGGCCCCUGGGAGGACAGCCGUGAUAAAAACCAUAUCCUCGAGGAUAUGUUGGCUUCCUGGCACUUUGAAUGGAUACGAGCGAUGGUGGACUCGGAGAGAAAGGGCUUCAUGAACAAGCUUUAUGCCAUUCAGGACGUGUGCAUCAGCGUGCAGAAUGCACUGGAUGAAGUGGCCUCCUAUGGCGAGAGGAUAAAGAACACAUUUAACUGGACUGUGCCUUUCUUAAGUUGGCUGGCCAUCGUGGCUCUCGGAGUGGCCACUAUCGCCAUCUACUUCAUCCCUCUAAGAUACAUCGUGCUAGCCUGGGGAGUGAAUAAAUUCACGAAGAAGCUGCGAGACCCUUACACCAUUGAUAACAACGAGCUGCUAGACUUUCUAUCCAGAGUGCCCUCAGAUGUACAAGUGGUGCAGUACCGAGAGCUGAAACUGGAUCCCAAUCCCAGUCCAAAUAAAAGGAAGAAAAACAACCCCGGGUAGAUGACUGUGUCCGCCCACCAACUCCUCUCUUCUCCACUUUUCGUUCUCGUGCUCUAUUACUGGACUCUGAAGAGCAGAGAACAACCGGCUCGGCUCAUCUUUCCUUCCAUUUUGUCUCCCCUUUUUUUCUUCUCUACCUUUCCCCUCUCUUUAAUUACUCAUGAUGUUGCGGUACAAAAUCCAUAAGUGUAAUUUUUGUAUAGUUUUGUAGAGUACAAGAAAUCUCUUGAAUAAUUCUUAUCACCACGAUGCUUUUCAUUGAUUUUAAAAGGAUGGAUAGAAUGACCUUUUUUCACAGCUGUGUGAGCCUCUCUCUCUUUCUUUACUCCAUCACUUUAACAGCUCGGAGUACUCUGUCUAUAUGCCUGCCACAAGUGUCAAACAGCGAGUAAAACAAGUUUCGACGUGUAAACUCAAAGUUCCAAACGUUUUCAGAGCGUCUUUGUUUAUCAAAAAACAGGCCUUAUACUUACAUUCUGAAGCAUUAUCACUCUGCAAUAGACUCCUAUUGUAAUCAUUGAAUGAUUUUGGUAAUAUGUUCAUUUUUCUAAUAGCUUUUGUACUGAAGUAUCUCUUGUUUUCUUUCCCUCUUGGAUAUGGGAGCGAGGUUGUGUUCACUGGCAGUAAUUUGAAUUGUUUCCACUUAACUCAGCCAGCAAAGUUGAUUAGCAAUUAUGGUGUUAGCCUGCAGACAUGUCCUUCUACACAUACAUGAAACUGGACCAAAAGUUGAAGGCUUGUAGUGGUUUGUGCUUCAACACAAUUACCAAAUGAGCUAUAUCUUUAAAAAUGAUUACCCCCAAUACACAAAAACAAUUUUAAAAAGUUGAUGGCGGCAUACGUGUUAAGUACAGGAAGUCUGUUCCUUUUAAAAUUGCACAAGUAUCAUUAAAAAAUACCCAAAGGAAAGAAAGAGGAAGACAGUCUAUCUGUCUUUUUUCCGCCUGCGACGUUGCCUGCCUGUGACAUCAUCUUCAUGUGCCCAGUUCUGACCUAUGACAUCUCAGGACAGGAAUAAAGAGCUGAGACAUGUGUUGGUCAGGAGGAAUGGAAAAAAAAAAUGUUUGAAAAAGAAAAUGCAUCUGAUGUAUGUUGCUUAUUUUGAAAGAAAAAAAAAUAGAGAAAAGAAA